UCGAAACAGCUUCUCCUUUCUCAUUUUUCCUUGAUGUGGAGAGAGAGAUAUAUCCCUGAUACACAGCAAAACACAGCAUUCUGUAUUAACAAUAAUCAUUCGAUAUGAGGAUCGUUUGCGCUGCAUCAAAUUGCAAAUAUUCCUCAAAAAGCGAGGAUUCGUCGAACGUCAUUUUUAUCAAUUUUCCCAACGACGACACAGCCAAAACAUGGGCGGAGUGUUGCGGCAGAUCAGACUUGACCACAAAGUCGAAUGCAGAAUUGCAUUCAAAUCAUUACAUUUGUUCCCAUCACAUUGAAGAUCGUCAUUACGUAAGCAAAACCGCUCCCAUUGUUAUAGAAGAAGGUACCGUUCCUACUUUAUUUGGGAAUGAUUCGAGUAUCGGCAGUGACAAUUCAAUAAAUACGUUUGAUAAAUCACAGCAUCUGCAAGAAGUAGGCGAUAGCAUGCCUCUAAUUUAUUACAACGAAAAUGUCGAGAUGGACAAUGUCAGCAUUAGACUCGACAAUUUAUGUCGGAUCUGUGGUGAAUCUACUCUGAAUGGAACAGAUAUUUUUGCUACCAAAGGUAUUGAGCUUAGAUUGAAGGAAAGGAUAAAUUUGCAUAUGCCUAUCUCAAUCGACAUAGAUGACUGUUUACCACAAAAAAUGUGCUCCGAUUGCUGCAAUAAAUUGGAAAUUGCACAUUCAUUAGUUGUUUCAUGUUUGAAAACUGAUAUACGUUUGAAGAGAUUUUUAAAUAUUGAAAAAGAGUCAGGAUAUGAGAAUAAAUAUAGUGCAUUGGUUGACGAAUGUUCAUUAGAGAUAGAUCAAGAGAUGUGCAUUGAUGAUAAUAUGCAUGCUGAUUCAUUCAUCAUUAAUAAGUUGAUAAAUCCUGACUCGGAAACAAGUUUAAGAGGAUUAGAAAAUGAAGAAAUACGGAGUAAUAAUUGUCAGACCAUUGCAAAGAAUGUGCCACUGAGGACUACAAUCCAAACUUGUAGUAAUGUUAAUGUUAGAAGUGACAUGAUUGUCACGGAAGAAAUAUUAAAAGUUCUACAAGAUAAAAUUCAGAAUGAAAAUUCUAGCUUUUUAUGUCUACAAUGUCAAACUUUUUGUAAAACUUGGGAAAUAUUUGAGAAUCAUAAGAUAUCUUGUACCAAGGAACGGAAUGUCUCAAAACAUAUAAAUAUAUCUAGAAUUACAGAGAAUGAAAAGUGUGAGAAUGAGCCCAAUCGCAAAGUAGAAAAUUCACAGACAUGUAAUGAGGAAUUUGAUGGCAAACAAAUUAUCGAAAAAGCUACUUGUGAAUCAGUGCAUUGUUCUAUUUGCAAUCGGACAUUUAAAAGUCAGCAAGAUUAUGAUAAUCACAAAUGUCUUCACGGAAAUUUCACUGAAACGAGUAAAUGGUGUGGCCAUUGCAAAAAAAUAUAUCAUAAUAAAAAAGAUUUGUUAAUUCAUAUCAUGGAAUCGCACGAGGGGCGAUUGUUACUUAAAUGUUCUACUUGUGACAAGACAUAUGAAAAAUGGUCUAGUUUAGAUAUUCACGAAGCUACUCAUAAAAUGGAUAAACCUUAUCUUUGCGAUCUAUGUGGAAAACGCUUCAAGCAUUCCAAUAAUUUAAGAGGUCAUAAAAGAAUUCACUUGGAUGAAUCUAUAAAGAAGAGACAUGUAUGUGAUAUCUGUAGCAAUGCGUUCAGAUCACGGUUUCAUCUGCGAGAACAUAUGAAUCAACAUAAUGAUAACAGACCCUAUUCUUGCGAACAAUGCGGGAAAGCUUUCUGCAAGAGAAUUCAAUUGCGGCAACAUAUGUUAUCACAUGGUUCUAACAGGCAUGUGUGUCCGAUAUGCGGUGCAACGUUUAAUCGCAGAGGAAACAUGAAUACGCACAUGAAACGGCAUAAUAACGGAAACGAAAGAUACACAUGCAGUGUUUGUGCAUACAAAUGUAAGUCCAUGAGUGAAUUGAAGAUACAUAGAAAAAAGCAUACCGAAGAGGAAAUAACGGAUAGCAUUAAGAAAAAAUGCACCGAUAAACAAAUAUGGCGUUGCAAGAUUUGUAAUAAAAUAUUCCCGAAGCGAGCUGUCCUGAUGAAUCAUGAGCGCGUGCACGGGAGCGAUAAGUUUUACGAGUGCGAUGAAUGUGGCAAGAAAUUAGCGAGUAAAAGCUCACUGAUAUAUCACAAGAAGUCGAUGCAUCUAAGGGAGAAGUUGCACAUGUGUCAUUAUUGCGGAGAUUCGUUUGUCUCGAGAGAAGCGCGGCUGAUCCACGAGAGGAUACACACUGGUGAACGUCCCUACGUUUGCAAAGUGUGCGAUACGCGAUACAGGUGCUCCAGUAAUCUCAGUCAGCACAUGAAGAUUCACAUAGGUCUGAAGCCGCACAAGUGCCAUUACUGUAACAAAGGUUUUACGCGCAAGGGUACACUAACCGUGCACGAGAGAAUCCACACGGGCGUUAAGCCAUAUCCUUGCGAGACAUGUGGUAAAAGCUUCUCGCAGAAAAACGACAUGUUGAAACACGCUAAACGCACAACGGCAGAUCGAUGCGCAGCAUCCACGAGAUCUUUAAAUAGGAAAGAGAAUACGUUAAAGCAUAUCAUGGUGCAUGAGCAAGAUACCUUGAUGACUUCGAAUGUCAAUUCGUCACAUAUUCUUCAAGUUUAUGUCGAUAUUGGCUCUUCGGAAAUUAAGUAAUUUUGAUAAUAUCCGUGUGAACAGGGAAACAUGAACAGCUCUCAGUCGUCGAAUAAAAAAAAUUUUAAUAAAGAUUUAAACAGAUUUUUGAAGGGAAUAUUGUUGCACAUGAAGCGUUUUAAAGAGUUAAAAAUCAACUGUAUCCGGCAAAAAAAAAAACAUUGACAAAAGAAUAUUUCUCUGACUGUUUAUACUUAUUACGCAUUAUUGACAAACUGAUAUAUAAGCAAAAAGAAACUAUCUAUUACUUCGUUUUAGAAAAAUUUGAUUGCAUGUUUAUAAUGUAUCUGAAGUUAUAUGUUUCGAGAGGAGAAUUCCUAUAGUGUAUAGUGAUUUAAAGUCUGAUGUUUCCGCAGAAGAUUGUAAUUUGUUAAUUGCGUCGAUAUAAAAAGAGAAGAUUGGUUUUUACAAAUUGUGCCUUGAGCAUACAGACGAGCCUCGAUCUGGCUUGGCAAGCAAUCGCUUGAAAGCAUUCGCCUAUAUCUUGAUGAUUAUUGCUGAAAGAUGAGGUGCAAUAAAAGUCAUUGUUAUAUAUAGAAUAA